CCCUUCCGCUGCACGGAAGCUUCUAGAAGCCCCUCCUCCUCUCUCCCUCCGGUCGAGGAUGCCGCGCUGAUCCGUGCCUCCGCGGCUGCUGCGAAAAUGAUGCCGGCCGCGUCCAGGGUCUGGUCGAGGCUCGCGUCGCCGUCUUCGCCCGCUUCGCCGCGCGCGCUGUCUUCCGCGGCGGCGGGGUCCGUCCUGCGGGGCUCUGGGAUGCCGGCCCUGGACCUGGAGCGGUCGCCGGGUUCCCCCAGUGGCGGCGACGAGCGGCCCGGCCCCGAGAGUGGGCGUCCCGCGGCCGGUGCGCCGCGGCCGCGGCCGAUGCCGUGCUCUUCUUCGGGCGAUGCUGCGUCAGUCACAGUGAGGGAAGAGUAUCCCUGCACAAGACUAAUUUAUCAAAGGCAUCCAGCACCACAUCGGUCCAAGUUAUUAUCUGGGGAGAACCGCCAAGUUAUCUAUGCAAAUGGUUUUUCACGGAAUCAGCAGAACUACAGAUAUUUUUCGUACUCUUCCGGCCAACGGAAUACAGGAAUUGGUAACAAGAUUGUACAGGAUCUUCCAAGGAAUGUAAAAAUUGUGGAAGUUGGCCCACGAGAUGGGUUACAGAAUGAAAAAAACAUAGUGCCGACACAUGUAAAGAUUGAGCUCAUACACAGACUGGCAUCCUCUGGAUUAUCAGUAGUUGAGGCAACAAGUUUUGUCUCUCCAAAAUGGGUACCACAGUUAGCUGAUGCCAAGGAUGUGAUGGAAGUAGUCCGGAAUAUUGAAGGUGUGUGCCUUCCUGUAUUGACCCCAAAUCUUAAGGGAUUUGAGGGAGCUAUUGCAGCAGGUGCUAAGGAAGUUGCAGUAUUUGCAUCAGCUUCUGAAGCAUUUUCCAAGUCAAACAUAAACUGCACGAUCAAAGAAAGCCUUGCUCGCUAUAAUGAUGUUGCUCUUGCAGCAAAAGAGCAAAAAAUCCCCAUGAGAGGGUAUGUUUCUUGUGUGGUUGGAUGCCCAGUAGAAGGGUACGUGCCACUGUCAAACGUAGCUCAUGUGGCCAAAGAGCUUUAUGACAUGGGGUGCUAUGAGGUUUCACUUGGUGAUACAAUAGGCGUUGGUACCCCAGGCACCGUUGUUCCAAUGCUUGAGGCUGUUAUGGCCGUCGUUCCCAAGGAGAAGCUUGCUGUCCAUUUCCAUGACACCUACGGCCAAUCGCUUUCAAAUAUCCUCAUCUCUCUCCAGAUGGGUGUCAGCGUCGUGGACUCCUCGGUAGCGGGCCUCGGAGGCUGCCCAUACGCCAAGGGUGCCUCCGGGAAUGUGGCGACGGAGGACGUCGUGUACAUGCUGAACGGACUGGGGAUUGAGACCAACGUCGACCUGGGCAAGGUGAUGGCCGCCGGUGAGUUCAUCUGUAACCAUCUGGGGCGCCAGUCUGGGUCCAAGGCGGCUAUCGCUCUGACCGGCAAGGUUACCGCCAACGUCUCCAAACUGUGAGGUACAUUGGAAUUUGUACGAUGAAUAACCGGCCAGUAAAGAUGGCUGUAGAACAUACAAUCUGUACUAUAAAUAAAUGGAGGAAUGGUGGAUUGUUGAAGAACUUCA